CCGAGAUAAACAGGCGAUUCAGAGGUUCAACUGGACUAGCGAAGGGCGGAGGUUUGAAUCCAACACACACACACACCAACAUGUCUGUCCAGCCCGCCUACCCACCUCAGGAACACUACGCGAUGAUGCCUCCCCCAGCCUAUAACGCCGCCACGCCCCUCGGAACCAAAAAGACAUUGAUUGUGGUACUCGGAGUGUUUAGCAUAGUCGUGUGGUGUACGUCCAUCGGCUUCUUGAUCGGCUGGGGUUACGGCUACUACUCUGAGACGGCAAGCGAAAUCAAAAUCAUUUACGGGAACUUCCUUUCGGUUCCCGCCAACGCCGCCAUGAUCUACGCCACCGCCCGCAUCAUUUUUAUCAUCAUGGAUACUGAUUUCCCCUGUCCCGCCUCACUCCGGGACCUGAAGCAGUCAAUCAGUCGCUUGGUCGCCUUUUCCAUGCUGGGUUUCACGGGCUGGGUCACGAGCUUAGUCUGGCUGUCCAUCUAUAACACCGACAACUUCUUAAUGUGCCACCUCUGCAACUACGGCUUCAUCUUCGGCGGUCUCAUGGCUGCCUUGGCGAACUCCCUGGCUUCGAGAACCCGGGAAGCCGCCAAGACGCCCGCCCUGCCCCUACAAGCUCACUACAACCAAGCCUAUCCAUCGCCCUAUCCCAACCCAUUGUGAUAAGGACGAAGGUAGAUGGACAGAUACAUGGAGAGAGAUGGUUAGGUAGAUAGGUAGGUAGUUAAAUAGAUAGAGGUUGAUAUAAAGAGAUGGAGAGAAGUUGAUAGAUAUACAGACAGAAAGAGAGGUAAAUAAAAAGAAGUAGAUCGAUAGAAAUAGACAUAAAAAGAAUUCGAGGUUGGUAAAUGAAUUGAGAUGGAGCGGUAGAGGUAGAGAGUAGACAGAGGUAGAGAGAUAAGUAUUGUUAGAGAGGUAGAUAGAUAAAUAGAUAUAUAAAGAAAAAUAAAGAUAACAGUGUUGACGUCUGUGGUUCUAGUCUAUUUUUUUGUCAAUAUAGUGAAGAUUCAAAUUCUCUUCAGUAUUUUACUUUUUUCAUGAAAUUAAACGGUCAACCUUUUUUUUUUUUACUCUCUUUUGUUGCCGGCAAAGAAAGGAAGACAAACUUUGAAGCGGGAUGUUUCUUUGUUUGUUUGUUUUCUCUCUAGUGGAAGUAAAGGAAAUAAACUUACGAUUUUGA